GACAGGCCCAAAGGAAAGUAUCUCGUCCCUCUUUUGUUGAUCAAGGUACAGACAGUCCCGUCUUUUCGAGCCUUCGAUUCUUCUCCCCGAAGCAACGUCCACCCUUAACGUACGGCCUAUCCUAAUCCCUGCACUUGGCUCCUUGUUCCUAUCUCAGUUCCACUGUCCACCCCACCAGCUUGGUUCGGACCUGGGUCUGAGCUGACCGGAUACCUUACUGCCCACAGAUACGCCUGGGCCCUUCUGGCCUUGCCCUGCCUUACCUCACCUUACCUUGCCUCGCCUUGCUUUGCCUCGCUGUAGAAUCUUACCGUACCGUUCUAUCUUCCGUGCUUGCGGAGCUUCGCCUUCCACAAGGCACCUGGAAGACUCAGUGUAUCCAUACCAAGUAAGAAUACUGUGUAUGGACAUGGCAUGCUGAGCAUAAUCCACAGUAAAGGUAGCCCGCGUCAUCACCCUCUGCUCCCACUUCCUUGUCCUAGUUGUUGUUUCUGACCAUUUUGCUUUUUACCACGCCAACUUGGAACGAACCGUUUACUACCGUCCCACCUCUUUGCCUUACCCAAGGGCAGGGUAUCCUGUCCUUGACCGGGCCCCAGCUCAAGCUCACCAAGCUCUAGAUUCAGCACACACCACCACCAUCACGGCAACCAUCAUGACCCUCAUCAGCAACAGCCUUCACAACACGACACCGGAGCACAGCGCAGUUUCUGGGAUAUGCUUUUCAGCACAAACCAACAGAUGCCGUCUCCUCCAACCCACCCUGCCUUCUGCCUUUUUAUUCUCCUAGUUGUCUGCCCACCAAGUGGAUGGAUGGUCAUGGUGCCCCCCAUCAUCCGUCCACUCAACCCUUGAAGUAAAGAAAUCAGGGUCUCAUUAUGGGGAACUCCAUAUGGAUUGAUUGCCGGCAGCACUUGCGUUGUCUCCAGAGCUCCGUGGGGAAGCUGGGGAAGCUGGAAAUGGCAACGUCCAACGUCUAUCACCAGCCAGGUAGGUAGAAUAUCCAUCUGAAUGGCUUCGGUAGCUGCUCCCCUCUCUUCCCACAUCGGCCCAAAGGGGUGCCACCUACGUUGUCUGCAUGCCCAGACAAGGCUUUAUCAGGCCCAAACCGUCCAAGCCUAUGCUUCGAAUUGGUCUGGUUUGGUUCUUUCUGUUGUCUUUCGCUCUGCACCUCGCUGCCGGCUAGCUGCCGAGUACUCAACCUCCCCGGUCAGUUCACUUUGUCCAAGCGGUCGAGCGAGCUCUGGCCUGCUCAGGAGAGACUUAUCCAAUGCCCUUUGCACUUGAAGCCCAAGGGUCUUUGCGUGCGAGUGAGCCAACCAACCCAUGUCCACACCAAUGGACGAGUCCAACGUACCAAAUGGGCGUUUACAUGGGCCGUUUUCUUUUUCCCUCAGACUGCCUGUCCGUCUACUCUCAUUCUCACACUCACACUAGCAACCAGAAUACGUACAGGUACGGGGUACACACUGGGGGAGCACCUUAUGCUCAGCCAGUCUCUCACCUCUUCUGAUUGUGUCUCUCUCUCUGCCUUCUCUGUCUCCCUCCAGGGUGGGUAAUCAAAAGUCGAGCAAGGUCGGUCAACUUUUGAACCAAUUUGUCCACGCCCUCUUUCAAGGCCACAGCCCCCAAUGUACAUGGUUAUGUACAGUGUAUAAGCCAAUGGAUAGCAUAUCUAAAUCAGGCCCUCGCUUUUUAACUGUUCAACGUCCGCUCCUUCUCAUCCGCGUCGCAUGCUUCUUGUUCUUACAAGCUCCUUCUCUCAUCCCUUCCUACAGCAACACCCGGACUCUCACUCCAUGCUCGUCCCUCUUGGACUCUGGGUUAUGGCCGUGACCGUUUCCGUUCCUGUUUCGUAACCCGUUUUUCUCUCAUCCACGUUGCUGUCGACCUUCGUCGGCUAGACUCCGCUCGCUGCCGCCCUAAACCUCGAUCCGUGGCCCUCGGAGCUCUUCCCGCACUUCAUCGCACUCUCACGCGAAGCCUGAAUAGAGCUUGCUAAUCCUCCUUCGCCUUGUACCCACUCGCUCUCGAUUGUCACACAGACAUCUUUCUUGCACCACCUACAGAACUCUAAUAAUUUCCGCCGUUCUCCAGUUCUUUAUUAGUGGCUUGCCCCUCCACCAUCAUUGCAUUCUCUGGACCUAUACAGCUUUGUUAGAUCAAGAUACCCAAUCUCCUUCUUCUCGCAGAGUAGUCUCAAGCAAACUCGGGAAACUCACCUUAAUCAACAAUGUCUUCUUCCUCCAAACCUCGCCAACCCCGACUCCGGGCCUCUUGCGACGGGUGCUUCUUGGCCAAGGUCAAGUGCUCCAAAGCAAGACCCAUCUGCUCCAGAUGCCUCGCAUGCGGUCUCGAAUGUCGCUACUCUCCCUCAAGCAGAGCCGGCAAGCCAAAGUCAGACAACAGCGCACCAAGCCACGCAAAUACUGUCCACAUGGAUAUGACCGACCUAUCUCCCAUCAUGGACGAAAAGAACCUCAUGUUCGGCCAACAUCCCGGCAUGUACAAGAUGGAGCCUGGCUGGCAUACGCCCACAAGUAUGGACUCGGGGGCGAUGAGCAGAAAUCCAUCAAUCUCUUCUGGGCUCGCCAUGCUCGGCGUCGACGACACAACCCCAAGAGACCACCAGGAUCCGACAGCAGACAUGUACGGAGGCGGCAUGCCCUGGACACCGCCCACAGAUUUCUCUGCUGCUCCAUAUCCCGAUAUGACAAUGUCCACCGCACAUAUGGCCACCCAUCAUGGCCGCUCCCAGUCCAUGGACAUGGCCAUGGCAGCCCACAUGACACCGUGGGGAGACCCAACGCAGCAUGACAUGAUGGCGUAUACUACCAUGCAGAAUCCAAGCAACAUGGCCGCCGCCGCAUACUUCCCGAGCCCCUCAACAACACCCAACAUGCGACCAGCUGUCCGACACAAGGCUUCAUCGUCAGGAGGCGGAGGUUCCUGCACCUGCUUCACAGUGCUCUUGCAGUCCCUCCAGGCCCUACACAACGCCUCAUCUCCCCAGGCGCCACCAUUCGACCUCGUCCUCUCUCUCAACCGCAAGGCCGUCGAGGGAUGCGCCGCCAUGCUAUCCUGCAACAGGUGCAUGAGCCGCUCCGGCACUCACACGGCGGCGAUGCUGCUGGCGACAGUCAUUGGCAAGAUUACAAGCUUCUACAAGAACGCCACGCACACCUACUUUGAGAACGGCAUGGUGCCCGCGGUCAACCAGCUCAGUCCCGGCGGCGGGCUCGGCGUCAGUCUCGGCGCCUACACGCUGGGCGGCGAGGACGGCAGGUGGCUCGAGCUCGAGAUUCUCAACCGCGAGCUUCGCAAGCUGGAGGAGGUCUACGCGCAGUUCCGCGAGGUCUGCGCUGACCUGUCAGAGGAUCCUGAAGUCAGCAAGGCCAUGAUUGGCUACCUCGGCCACAACCUUGGCACAACUCUCGAGGUCGUCAGCCAUCGCAAGGGCGACAUGAGUUAUGCUUAGUCAGGAGACCCAACAGUUCGGACUAAAGGCCUUGCAACUCAAACUCAAACUCAGAAAAACACCAGAGGAGGCAAGAGAAAAGUACAAAAAUUUGGAAUACACACAAAGAGCGCUGCCACGGAUGAGCGGCGCUCACUCGAUACGACUGAUAUGAGCAUACACUACUUUUUCUUUUUCACCCUUCUUCUCUUGGAAGAUUUCGGACGUCAUUUACACGGGGGGUGAGAGGGCGGUGGGAGAGAGAGAAGGAGAGCCAGUUUUAAGACCUAUGGAAU